UGCCUCCAGGAUCCUGGGCGCCUGGCCUACCAACUUUUGAAUCCUUGGGAUCCUGGAGCCGGACAGUAUUUCUUGACCCUUCUGAGAGACCCAAUCAAUCUUCUGGCUGGCUGCCCCUCCAGGGACACAACCCCAGAGCCUGUGCCAAGGAGAUUGGGAGCCACCCGAGCACUAAGGCCCAAGCACAAGGGUCACAGCAGCAGCGGGGCACAGAAGGUCCCAGCUACGCCAAAAAAGUCGCACUCUGGCUUGCCGGGUUGCUUGGGGCCGGAGGGACCGUGAGUGUCGUCUAUAUCUUCGGAAACAACUCUGUGGAUGAAACUGGUGCCAAGAUUCCUGACGAAUUCGACAAUGAUCCAAUUCUGGUACAACAGUUGCGCCGGACAUACAAAUAUUUCAAAGAUUAUAGACAGAUGAUCAUCGAGCCCACCAGCCCCUGCCUUCUCCCAGACCCUCUACGAGAGCCGUACUACCAGCCGCCCUACACACUGGUCUUGGAGCUCACUGGUGUCCUCUUGCACCCUGAGUGGUCGCUGGCCACUGGCUGGAGGUUUAAGAAGCGUCCAGGCAUCGAGACCUUAUUCCAGCAGCUUGCCCCUUUGUAUGAAAUCGUCAUCUUUACAUCAGAGACUGGCAUGACUGCCUUUCCACUCAUCGACAGCGUGGACCCUCAUGGCUUCAUCUCCUACCGCCUCUUCCGAGACGCCACACGAUACAUGGAUGGGCACCAUGUUAAGGAUAUUUCCUGUCUAAAUCGGGAUCCAGCCCGUGUAGUCGUGGUGGACUGCAAGAAGGAAGCCUUUCGCCUCCAGCCCUACAAUGGUGUUGCCCUGCGGCCCUGGGAUGGCAACUCCGAUGACCGGGUCUUGUUGGACCUGUCUGCCUUCCUCAAGACCAUUGCAUUGAACGGUGUGGAGGAUGUACGGACUGUGCUGGAGCACUACGCCCUAGAGGAUGACCCACUGGAGGCUUUCAAACAGCGGCAAAGCCGGCUAGAGCAGGAAGAGCAGCAGCGCUUGGCCGAGCUCUCCAAGUCCAGCAAGCAGAACCUCUUCUUCAGCUCUCUCACCAGCCGCUUGUGGCCUCGCUCCAAACAGCCCUGACCUCUGGGCCGCCUCAAACUCAGUUGCCUGGGUCCUAGACCCCAGGUUGCAGUGCUCCCAGACCACGGCUUGGGCAGCCACAUGUCCAAUAAAGUCCAUCACAGAUGCCAUACUCCUGUGUCCGGAGAGUCUCCAGAUGGGGGCAUCAGGGUGAAGUUUGAGUGGCUGAUGAGCUGCUAAGCACAGAGUGGGUGCUUUGGUGGAUCAGAGCCAGUUUGUAACCCAGGACUGGGAAUCGGAAAACCCGGGUCCCUGCUCUGGCCGUGUCUUCCUGUGUGCUGUGUGAUCUGCAAAAAGUCCAUCUCCCGUUCUGGCCUCAGAUUCCCCACCUGUGGCCAUCUGUGGAAAAGAGAAGAAAGGACUGCCCUGGGGGUUUAAAGGCAGGUAGCUGCCAGGUUGCUGGGUAAAUACGUGAAGUGUGGGCUCAGUGGGCUGUGGUGGACCGAGAUCGGCCUGUCUGAAGAGGGCAGCUGCUGCUCAGCUCUGCCAACUGGCCCCAUGGAAAGGUGGGUAUAGAGUUGCUUGAUCUUCUGAAUGUUUUUUUAAAUUUUUUAUUUUUUAAGAUUUAACUUAUUUUUAGAGGGGAAGGGAGGGAGAAAGGGGGGGAGAAACAUCAAUGUCUGGUUGCCUCUCACAUGUGCCCUGCUGGGGACCUGGUCUGCAGCCCAGGCACGUGCCCUGACUGGGAAUCGAAUCAGCGACCCCAUCGCUUCGCAGGCCGGCACACAAUCCACUGAGCCACACCUGCCGGGGCAAUCUUCUGGUUUUCUGUGCAAGUCAAAAAUUGGGAUUUUUAUAUUAAGUCUUCCAGUUUUUAAAUGUGACCUAAUUAGACAGAUAGCAGCAGCACUCUCGAUGGAACUUUCUGCAGUACUUGGACCAACUUGUACCGCUCUGCAUCUGCGCUGUGCAGUGGCCGCAGGGGAAUAUUAAGUAUUUGAAAUGUGGCUAAGGUAAAUGAAAAAUGGAAUUUAAAAUUUUGUUUUAAUUAAUUU